AUGGCUACAGUCACCAAAUCCUACGAGAAGAAGCGCCUCUAUCUCCAGCACCCGGAGGAGGAUUAUGGCAUCGUCAGCCGUCGCGUAACGCGCAUCAUCCCUCCUCCUCCUCGUGAGCCUUCACCUCCUCGGCCGCCGCCUGUUAUCGUGAGACCGCCGCUUCCACCACCUCCACCACCGCAGUACAUACCAUGUCCUCCUCCACCACCACCUCCGCCAGUCGAGGUGCCUUCGCCUCCUCCUCCGCCGCCGCCUCCCGUUCAAAAGCCCAAGCCGCCUCCUCCUCCCCCAGUGGAGAAGCCCAGGCCCCCACCUCCACCGCCGGAUGAUCCCAUCGAGGUCAUCGCGGUAGAUGUUGAGCCACACAAGAAGAAGGAGAAGAAGAAGCCCAAGUCUCGAUCUCGAAGCAGGCAUAGCCACCACUCAUCGUACGAUCAUGACCACGAGCGUGUGAUUGAGCGCGAGAGGUUCAUUCCUGUUCCUGUCCCGGUUCAGGUCGAGCCUCGCUACGAAACAUUCCGCUAUGUCGAGGGAACUCGGCGCCAGCAAUAUUCGCCUCCGUCACCACCAAGACGCGCAAUUGAGGAUGAACGUGUGCGACUUCGUAUCACGGAUCGAGAGCGAGAGUACUACAGAUGA